ACAGCCAGGACAUGAAGGGCUGGGGAGACACCAUGGCGGGCAGCACCCGGGAGAGAGGCCGGGAUUCCCGGCCGGUGUGAGCGGCGCCCGAGCCUGUGGGACAUCACACCACGGCAGCAAAGCAGAGCAGGGCCACCCACCACCACCCACAAACCACAUCACCUGGCAACAACCGCGGCAACCACGCUGACCCCUGCGCCGCCAGCAAAGGCCUAUCACCAUGAUGUGGCUGUUCCUCACCAUUUCUUGUUUAAUGUUCAUCGAUGCAAAGCCAGCAGAAAACCCCGAGGUGUCCAUGGGUGUUGGCGAAAUUGUCCGGUACCACGGGUACCCCUACGAGGAGCACGAGGUGGUGACAGACGAUGGCUAUUACCUCACCCUGCAGAGGAUUCCCCAUGGCAGAGACAACCUGGAGAGCUUCAGCAUCUCCCACAAGGCAGGGGCGCAGGCACCCAACAUGUUCUGUCCCCCUCCAAAGGCUGUGGUCCUCCUGCAGCACGGCCUGGUGUUGGAAGGAAGCAACUGGGUCACCAACUUGCCCAACACCAGCCUGGGCUUCAUCCUCGCCGACGCUGGCUAUGAUGUCUGGAUCGGGAACAGCCGGGGGAACAGCUGGUCGAGGAAACACAAAGAGUUUGAAUUCUACCAGCAGGAAUACUCAGCUUACAGCUUCCAUGAGAUGGCCAUGUAUGACCUUCCAGCGACCAUCAACUACAUCCUGCAGAGAACAGGGCAGGAGCAGUUGUACUACGUGGCUUAUUCCCAAGGCACCACCAUAGGUUUCAUUGCCUUCUCAUCCAUCCCCGAGCUGGAUCGCAAAAUCAAGAUGUUUUUCGCCUUGGCGCCGAUCACCGUGAACUCACACAUGAAGUCCCCCUUGGUGAGGGUGUUUGACCUUCCUGAGGCACUGGUUAAGUUCAUUUUAGGACACACAGUGGUCUUUGAUGAGGAUUAUAUCCUGAAGCAAGUGAUUUCCAGAAUAUGCAUCUACCCUGUGCUGAAAACCCUGUGCUCUUUGGUCUUUUACCUGCCUGGUGGGUUUGCCAACAGCUUGAACGUGAGCCGCAUGGAUGUCUACCUGGCCCACUACCCUGAUUCCACAUCUAUAAAAAACAUGUUGCACUGGCGCCAGCUCUAUCGGACAGGGGAAUUCAAGUACUAUGAUUACGGCAGUGACAACAUGCUUCAUUACAACCAGACCACUCCUCCCUUCUAUGAGCUGGAGAACAUGAAAACCCCACUGGCUGCCUGGUAUGGAGGCCAGGACUGGAUUUCAGCCCCUGAAGAUGCAAACAUCACCCUGCCUCGUAUCUCCAACGUGGUCUACAAAAAGUACAUCCCCGAAUUUGUCCACUUUGAUUUCCUCUGGGGCAAGCAUGUCUACGAGCAGGUGUACAAAGAAAUGCUUGACCUGAUGGAGAAGGACACCUAGAGCUGGAGCAGAGAUAGUAACUGUUGGCUUCUCAAUGACUUCUGGGGCUUCUUUCAUCUGGGGGAGAAAAAAAAAAAAAAAAAAAAAAAAAAAAAAAAAAAAAAAAAAAAAAAAAGUGGAGAAAAAAUGGGGGGGAAAAGCUCAAUAAACUGCUACACUUGGUCUGGAUUGAUAUUACUCUGGCCAGUGAGGAAAACCAGCCAAUCCAGUGAUUGGGAAAGCACUCUGGAUUGAGGUUCAAUAGGCUGAGGUCCCUGCAGAGGUUGAGCAUGGCCCUCACACCCUGAGUCUCCCACAGGUUUCCAGCAACAACCAAUUUCAGUGGAAUUUGGCUCCUGGUGGCCAUUGUGAACUCUGGGCUCAUUGAGCUUGGGUUCCCAGCUGCAAACAGCUGGACAGAAACUCCAUACCCCUAUGGAUGCUGGUGCAGGUCUGCUGGGAUGAAACAAUGUGGUGGAUGGAUCCUGCUUUAUUCACCUUCUGGCAACACUUCCACACCAAGAAUCCCAACAUCCUGAAACUCACUGCCUUCAUUCACAGUUGGAAGGAGCUAUAAACUUCCUACCUAGUGACAAUGGAGAGUGGCUAUAGGUUUUUUUUUUUUUCCAUGAGAGCUGCUCAUUUUACUAACAAAGGGGACAUCUUUGUCAGAUUCAUGCUGAUUUGGAUCAUCUUACAUAUACACAAAGGAGCUUCAGUAAGUUCUAUCAGAAAACACCAUUUUGUACCACUUUAAGCUAUUCUGAGGCACAAACCCAGCCACCUUUUGCUGCUUCUCAGGGAAUGCUCAGGGAAACAGAAGAGUGUGGUGGAAAGCAGUAACGAGUCUAAAUCUGCUCUCAGCUUCUGGAUUAAAUUGUUAAUAAUACUUUGAUCAGAAGAGGAAUUGUGAAUUUGCCAGCUUGUGUAACCAUUUUCUUAAAAUAUGCCUGGGAGCAAGCAGGGCAAAGGAUAAGGUUCUCUUUCCACAAAUAUGUAAUAAUAAUAAUAAUAAUAAUAAUAAUAAUAAUAAUAAUAAUAAUAAUAA